ACAUUGUUUACAAUGGAAACAGAUAUUAUUUAGAUUCACAUCUGAUUCCUAUGGCUGACUUAGAACUGCGAGGGAGCCGGCCCCCAUCAGUCGUGGGUAUUAGACCCCCGUCUUCAGGUCGACCCAGGUCAGGGUACAAGGUCAUUGCAGACCACUCAGACGUGGACGAGCUGCUGUUUACGUCUCAUCACACACGGAGUGACAGUGAGGUCCUCUUCAGACCCCCCUGGUCAACAGCUUCGCAGGAUAAGAUUGAAAAAAAGAAACCAAAAAUGCGGCCCAUGUUGUGGGCCCCGGACCCCCGUCAGUCAGUUACUACUAGUCACUCAGACCAAAAGGGUUUCAAAGGCUCAAUGUGGUCAACAAACCAUGCAGAUCUUAAUCGAUACAGGCCCGUGAAACAGAAGCCGUCAUUUUGUGAUGAGAUGCUGUUUGGACACAAAUUAGAAGAGCCUUCAUUUGAUGCACCAUGGGGAGAAAAAUCAAAAAGACCUCGACCGUUCUUGUGUUCCCCUGUGGACUAUGCUAAACUCACGCGUGAAGGCUCAACAUUAAGCGCCAAGUAUUCGUCUGUUGGGACGUUGGAUGGUCGUCCCCCGUCUAGGCAAGGCCGGCGCCCAGCGUCCGCAAAUACCAGACCAGUAACUGUGGAGACUUCAUACGAUAUUAAUGUUAAGCCAACUUGGAAGCCGUAAUUUAUAUUGGUGGGCGCUCUGGAAACGGGUCAUGCAUGUGCCUAAAGUGUCCUAUCUGAUAAGCAUGUUCAGUCCACACAUGGUCAUCAAGGACGUUGCUUUUUGCAUAAAUAUAAAUUUCUAUAGGAUCAGGCUUCCUUUAAAUUGAAAAUACCAUAAAAGCGAAUCACACAGGCUUAUCUGGGAUGACACUAUAUGCACCUGUAUUUAGCCCAGGCACAUGAAUGGUGAUCCACGGUUAGCAAUUGGUUCGAUUUUUUUCUUAUAUUAAUUUGCAUAAAAGUUCAGAGCUAAAAGGAAGAUACUAUUUAUUUGAAAUUUAACUACAGGGAAAACUCCUAAAUUGACAAUUCUGGUAUAUAGAUAUCCCUGAUUUGUGGAAUUCAGGCAUUAGGUUUGCACCAUGCUUUAAGGUCUUUGGGGGGAAAGGCUGUGUACUAGUAAUGUUUUCACCUUGUAGUGAAUUGUAAAGUGUCACGUUUGUUUAAUGAAUAUUGUUUUAGCAGUAAACAAAUUUUUGAUGAUAAAAGAUAUUGUUCAUUUAAACAUGAUGUAACCAUAUGGGUAAAAGAAUUUUACUAUUUAUUGUAUGUUUGUUGGUGCUUUUUAAAUAGAUUAUGGAUGCAGAAAGUGUAAAACAGAAAAUGAAUCCGGAAAUUGUGUAAAGAACACAGUUUGUUCAUAAGGAGUAAUAUUCCUUUGUCCUACAGUUGUCAACCUCCUUUUGAAGAGUAAACAUUGGAAAUAACAACUUGAAUAUGAAUGUAUGGUUCCAGAUUAUUGGUUAGUGGUGGUUUUGCUAAGUGUUGGAUGAAGUGGAAGUGCGCUGAAAUGUAGUAUUUUAGCAUAAUCAUGACACAUGUUUAAUUGUUUAUUGUUAUCAGAGGGUUUAAUCACAUGAAAAUAAACCCCUUUUCAAAGAGCAGGCCCAUAUUUAUUUUAUAUCAUUUUUAGUGGUUAUAGUGGUUGGAUAUUUUUAUAUUUUCUUGCCGCUGUAGUAUAUAAAUUUGUAAAUCUUGUACUUAUGAGUAUUGCUUGUGUAUAUAUUCUGUGGUAAAGGUACAUGGGAGUAUUAUUUCAAGCCUUUUAAAUAUGAAAUCUUAUCCUCACAGUACAAUGUGCUCUUUUGUGCUUACUUCAACUGAAUGUGUGAUUUAACAAACGUCUUGUGCUUUUCAAAGGAACAGAACAUUUCUUUAACAACAAGUACCAGGAAUUUGUAUCUUUGACUAAGAUUUGACAUUCCGUUGAAGUCGGGUUGCUUAUUUACUAGAAACACAUUCAAUGUAUUAAAGUGUGAUUUCUAUAUUGUUUUCCUUUGUGACAUGUUAACACAUACUCCCAAUAAUUUUUAUUAGUUGGAUUUAAUGUGUGACUUAAAAAGUGAAAUAAAUUAAAUGUUGAUGCAUAUAAUUGUAGACACUAAGCAGGGGUUUUCCUCGCUUCAUUGUGAAGAGGCCCUAGCCUAUGUAUUUUGGGAAGAAGUUGCUCAUUUUGGGAAGAAUUCUCGCUAAAAUUACUGCUUUGGGAAAUGAAAAAGCUGGUGUUAGUUAGGAUUUUGGGGAAAACUGCAUGAUUUUAAAGAAAUGUUCAAUUGGGAAGGGGCCCUUUAAUAGGCCCCUGUUAUAUAAGGCUGAAAACCUCUGCGACUAUAUAUAAGGCUUGGACAUUUGCAUCAAUUUCUACCUCCUAAUUUUACUCAACCUUAAAUUUCUAAUUAUUUCUUGUGUGGAAGCAUACAUGUACUGGUACCUUGUUAAGUUUUUUGAUUUGAUGGAUAUGUAAGCCUUCUUUAUUUGUUAUUAAAGCUUAGACAUAAUGAUAGAAAUGAGCCAUGCUGUGUGCUGUGUAAAAAAGGGGGCUCAAUGCAUGUGCGUUAAGUGUCGACAACACAUUCUGUUUUUAGGAUAUUUUUGUUUCAAGAAUCUCUCUUCCUUGCAAAAAUCAAGUUAAGGCUGAACGUGUUGUCCCUGAAUAGCCUUCGUGGACUGCACAGGCUAAUCUGGGAUGACACUUUACGCACAUGCAUUAAACUCCCUUUUCAUAGAGCACGGCUCAAAUAUAUAAUUAUUGAAAAAAAAGGCAUUAUGAACGUUCGUAAAGUGUUGCACACUUUUUCUGCUAAAACAGGAUUUUUGCUAAGAAUAAGAAGGACUUCCUCAUCAGAAUAAAUAUCAGAAAACUGCACAGGCUAAUUUUGAACGACGCUUUACACACAUGCCAGGUCUUCUCAGAGAGUGGCUCGUUUAUACUAUUGACUAAGAGAAUCAGAGAUAGGCUUGAUUGGUCAUUGUCAGCUUGGGUAAUACUUAAAUGUACCCCCUCCUCUUAAAGCCACACACCUUGAAAUGAAAUACAUGUUAAUCAAUACAUAUAGAUGCAAUUUAAAAGUAUGCAAAAUUGUCAUAAAAUCUAUAGCCAAGUUAGCAAGUUAUUAAUUUUUUUUUUUAAUUUUAAAACCAAAAGUAGGAUUUCUAUACAUGUACGUCUAUUUCGACAAACACGAUUAUUUUUAAGUUUUAAAGCGCGAAAAAGACGGAUUUCUACCUUGUAACCACCAGAUAUAUUCUAAUUGGCAUCAUCUAAGAUAAAAUUAAAUCUAUAGCCUACUUAGCAAGUAUUUUAUUAUUUUUCAAACGGUACCGCUUUUAAAACCGAAAGUUACUAUGGAUUUCUAGACGUAUACGUCCAUUUCGACAAACGCAAUUAUUUUUUUAAAGCACAAAAAAGACAGAUUUCUGCCUUGUAACCACCAGAUAUAUUCUAAUUGACAUAGAUAAAAUAUGUUUUUUAUUUAUACUUAAAUUUACUAUGCCAUGUAUUUCAUUUCAAGGUGUGUGGCUUUUAGUAUACUUGAAUGUACUUAAAUGGGAACCCGGGUACGAAAAUAUACUAACCAGUUCCCGACCAAUUAGACUGUACCAGAGUUUACAUUCUCAUCCAAAAUCUUAUGUUGUAAAAGGCGUAACUCUUUGGACAAAACCUGCCUCAAUGUGCUUUUUAUGUCCCCGACCACUAUAGUGGGGGGACAUAUUGUUUUUGCCCUGUCUGUUGGUUGGUUGGUUUGUGUGUUUGUUUGCUCCAACUUUAACAUUUUGCCAUAACUUUUGCAAUAUUCAAGAUAGCAACCUCAUAUUUGGCAUGAAUGUGUAUCUCAUGGAGCUGCACAUUUUGAAUGGUGAAAGGUCAAGGUCAUCCUUGGAGGUCAAAAAAACAAAUCCAAGGGAAGUAAUAAGCUUUUCAGGGAGAUUAUUAUCUGAACCUGCCAAAUGAUAAAAAAUCAAUUAAAAAAUCAAAGCGGCGCAAUAGGGGACAUAGUGUUUCUGACAAACACAUAUCUUGUUUGAGUAGGAGUUUUGAUAAUACUGAGGCCAUUUUACAGAAUAUUGACAUAAAUACUGUAUGAACAUAAUUAAUUCAACAGCCGAAAAAGACCAAUCUAGCGUUAGAAUUCCAGGGUACAUUUCAGUAUAUUUUCCGUACCCAGGGUACAUUUCAGUAGUACCUGAGCCGACAAUGACUAAUCAAGCCUGAAUAAGUCUUGUCAAUCACUCAGAGGUCAAACUUAUAUUCAUUGUGAAGGGAUUGACAGAUGUCUGCAUACUUCUAUUAGUUUGAUGCUAAUACUUUGCCAAACAUACGAAAAUGAUUGCCUUUUUUCUACUGGUUGAUUUUUAUACUGCUGUAGCUUUUCUUCAGCAUCUGCAGAUGCUGAUAGGCAUAAAGCCAUUUGCCUGUUUGUUUUACAGUUCCUCACUUUGUCCUUCUGUCCAUCCUUACUAGGUUAACCCAAAAUGAACAUUUUGUCUCACAUGAAUAAUUAUUGUUAAACAUCUCUUAUACUUGGAUGAAUGGUGUCUUUGAAGACAUUAACACACAAAAAUGACCUUACAUCAUUUUUACGAUGCUAUGUACCUUCAUAAUGACGAAGACUUAUUCAGAAGGUCAAAAUUCUUGGCUAAUCCAAAAUGACGUGUUUCUUCUCACAUCAAUAAUACUACAUUCAAAGCUUUGAUUCUUGCAUGAAGGAUGUCUUUGAAGAUUUAAAAAUGCAUCCACAACCUCAUGACCUUGACUUGAAACAACUUGUUGGCUUAGACUUAUUCAAAAGGUCCAAAGUCUUGGUUAACCCAAUAUUACACGUUUUGUCUUAAUACUAAGCUUUGAUUCUUCUAUUUGGCUGUGCUCUGUGAAAAGGGGGUUUAAUGCAUGUACGUAAAGUGUCAUCCCAGAUUUGCCUGUGCAGUGUGACCUGACCUUCUUUUGGCCAAAAUUGACUUACAUUCGGACUAAGACUUACUUUUAGGGGCCAUUCAAUCAAAGCUGUACCAGGUUUUUGCUGGGUGUGAUCGGGGUAUGCAUUUAUUGAACACAGUAUCUAAUUCUUGCCUGUUUUUGCUGAAAUCUCCUGUGAUGACUAUGGUGUCUUGACAGAUUCUGCAUUUGUAUUUUGGCUUACAGUUUUUUGAACAACAAAAACAAUCACUUAUAACACUAUUGGUUAUCUAAUGCAUCUAUUGUAUUAAUUGUUGUAUAUACUUUUUAUUAAAUGGGUUCAUGCUAACAUGUUACCGGUAAUGAAAAUUAUUUUGUUUUUAAAUGUUAACAAAAAAUAAAAGCAACAUUAAAUUUGUAAAAAAAAAAUUAAUACAAUGUGUUAAAUAUAUUUAUUUUUUUGCAUAUUAUAGACUUGUAUUGGUGUUAAAUAUACUCACUGGUUUGAUUGUUUUCUUUUUAAAUAUAUUUUAUUGGUUUGUUUUUAUUGUGGUAUUUUGUUUUGUUCUAUUAUUGUUUCUCUUGUGUUGCUCACGAUUCAUCUUCAUUACAUUUUUAUCAUACAUCUUCGUCUGCUUGCGAAAGCAGAAUAUUGAAUUUUUCAAUAAAAUACCACUUUCUUGAAGAGAAAAAAACGCAACGUCUGCAGUGCAAAAUAGGCUCACCUACCGAGCAUUGGCAUUAAGUUUCCAGUUCACCGGAAAUAAUUCAAUGCUAUUAUUAAAGACCAUACUGUAGUUCUAAUGAAACUAAAUUACAGGUAAUUAUCUGUUGGAGAGAAUGUCUUUUGAUAAUAUUUGCUUUAGAAUAUGCCUGGGGCCAAUGCUAUUUACUUCAGUGUUCUUUUGGUACACUUUAAGUAUACUCACUUAAUUUACCCAGGAGCCAUCAUUAGCCGUCGCGUGUAUAGAAAGAAUAAGAUAUAGAGAAUAUUUUUUGGAUUCAUAGAAUAUCCAUUUUAUUUCACGAGUGAUCAUAUAAAAUAUAUAUUUUGUAUGAUCGCGAGUGAAUUAAAAUCGAUAUCCCAUCGAAUCAAAAACAUUUUCUUUUUAUUUUUUGCUUUUUUCACCGUUAAUUUAUAUUGUAAAAGAGUUUAACUGGAUAAUGACGCUGGAUUUACGACCUCAUUUCGUCGAAAAAAUGAUGUCAUUUCACAGUAAAACAGUGCACUGUUAUUUUUCACUGUUUAAAAACAGUGAAAUAUCAGUUUUAUUUCACUUAUAUUUAACCAGGUUUUCCGAAGGAAAAAACUGGUUAUUAGAUUGGUAAAUGCAGGCGGGCUGGCUGGCUGGCGGGCGGAACAAGCUUGUCCGGGCCAUAACUUUGUCGUUCAUUGUGAGAUUUUAAAAUCAUUUGGCACAUUUGUUAACCAUCAUUAGACGGUGUGUCGCACGAAAAAAUUACGUCAAUAUCUCCAAGGUCAAGGUCACACUUUGAGUUCAAAGGUAAAAAAUAGCCAUAAAUGAGCUUGUCUGGGCUAUAACUAUGUCAUUCAUUAUGAGAUUUUAAAAUCAUUUGGCACAUUUCUUCACCAUCAUGGGACGGUGUGUCGCACGAAAGAAUCACGUCAAUAUCUCCAAUUUCAAGGUCGCCACGACUAAAAAUAGAUUUAUUUUAAAACAAACUUACAAAGGGGGUUAAUUUUGUUUGUUCAUUUCAAAAGUUCAGUUUGAGUUGUCUCCCUUUAUCAGAUUUUUUUCACAAUGAAAACCUAGUUUUGUGACAAUUUUGUCCCUUGUUCUCUAUAAACCACCGCAAAGCAUAAAAUAAAAGUCGUUAUUUCUUUUUACAUUGUUCCUAUUCCUAAAUGCGAUUUCUUGCAUUUGAUGAGUAUGAUAAGAGAUUUCAACAAAUAUUUUUUUACAAGUAAUUUGGGAGUGGAGCUAUAGGGUGACUUUUCUUAAAGUUUUUGAAGUUAUAAAACAUGGGCAAAUGAAUACCUGGUUUCAGCAGUGAUUCACGCAUAUAUCAAUACCAUAUUUUUCUUAGAAAAAAUACAGUAUUAUUGCAAAUAAAUAUUAUAUAUUUUACUGGUUAUAAGAAAUGUUGUUAAAUAAAAUGUAUAUCAACGACAAUGACAUUGCUAUGUAUGCAUGUUCAACAUAAAACUGUUGUGUGAUGUACUUGUAUGCAUAUUAUUUAGAGUCAACAAUGCGAAAUGAAUAUAGCAUGUCAUGAAUAUAA